AUGACUGCUUUGCAGAAGGAGACAACUACUGAGGAUACAGCAAUGUUCAAUCACCGUGUGCUUCACUUUAUUUUCUGGGUUGGUCUUCGCAGAGCCGACAACCGGGCGUUUCCUCUGCCGUCCGAAACUAUCGCCUACCUGCGUCGCAUAACCAGGCGUCAGGUGGAAGGACGGAGAAACGAGUAUACGGAUUACCUGAUGUGUUACGCUGUUCACCAACAAGAUCGCCUGAUGGACGUCAAUCAAAUUAUUGAACGCACAGAAGACCUUCCCAUUGCCCAGUUUCUCAACCAAUGGGAAGGCCGCGUUUGCUAUUUCGAUCAAUAUCUUCAAGGUGGUUGA